GAAUCGCGACCUCUUCUGACGUUUAAAAUCUCACGCUACUGACCUCUCAGACAUUCAACUCUUCAGCCAUCUUAGCUCUCAGACGAUCAUUUCUGAGACUAUCAACAUUGUAGGCCAUUGUGAUUCAGCUCUACCCACGACAAAUACCAUCACCAACUAUGCACAGCACUUCGGUGGGGUCGCGCACCACACCAAUCACUGGUGUUGGCAAUGGAUUUAAUUCUCUUUUUCAAUCCGCCAUGCCUAGUCAACUCCAGAUAAAUGGCCUUGAGCCAGUCGCAGCGAAGCAAAAUAUGGACGUCUACGUCUGUACUUCGACCGCCGAUCUGUACCAGAAUCUCGGCAUCACCGCCGCUAUUGCCGCAGGGACUACCUUUGGGAGCUUCAAGACCCGAAUCGAACUCGUCAAUGAGAUUCAGAGCAGCUUCAGGUCGGUGACAAUCCUCGUCGUCUAUCACCGGAUCACUGGUGGCAAUUCUCUUACGAAUGCAGGAUUCAUUCGGACGCCCACCGACGCUCUGUCGUUGUACCGCCAGGGUGGAGACUCGUAUGUCUCAUCCGUCUCUACAGGCGGCUUCUACAUCGCUGCCUUGAGCUAUGCGACUUACGACGAGACGACUUUCCAGAACGUGAAGGCGCAAGCUGACGCGGACUUCUCUGGUUGGAAGGGCACGCUCAACGCAGAAUUCGCAGCGAACAUUACGAAUCUUGCCAACAACACCCAUACGACUUCAACCUUCCACCAGAGAGGCGAAGGAUUCACGAGCCCUUUGCCAGACAGGAAUACCUUCAUGUCUUUCAUGAACGGAUUCGGUUCACCGGACUUUCAAUUGGACCUUCCAGCAGUUCUUGACUUUUCGCUGCAGCCGUAUACGAACAUGGAGGGAUGCCCUGCCGGAUUUCGCGUCAUCGACGGCUAUAUUGACAGUUGGACUGGAAGGAAUAGCAUACAUCCCGGCGCUAGCCUGACAGCCAUUGCCGAAACAGUGCUGGCGAGUGAGCAAUUACUCAACGGCGUUCAGACCAUGUACGACUUCUACGGCUGCCUGGCUGCGGAACCCAAGCUUGCAACAGCCAAAGCACAAUAUACAAAGAUCUUGUCCGACCUCGAUGCAUGGCUCAAAGAAGUGGAUGAAGACCCGACCAAGCCCGGCAUCGCGGUUCCCACGAUCUCGCCCGACGAUUUGAAAUACCCGAUUGCGCAGUACUCGCUCCUCUCUGGCCCGGUCGGUCCCGGAGGGGGCGGGGACACUUUCGCAGACAUUCAGCUUUCCAUGAUAGGCCGAUUGGUGCGCCCCUCGCGGGUCGCCGUCCAUUCUGGUGAUUCCGUGGACAAGAUCGACUUCACCUAUUCUAUGGUCUUGGGUGAUGACAGCGAUUCUUGGUACGUCAGUCGCGGCGGCGGCGGCGGUGACUGGUACGCUGCCAUCGACUUUGGACCCGGCGAGGUCAUCCUCCGAGCCGGGCCGCUUUGGUGGGGGGGCGAUGGACUGGUGAAGUCGGUCGAUUUCGUGACCACGACUCAAACCGUCCAACUCGGCCGGCAAGGGUCGGCCCCCUACAACUGCGUCUGGGACAAAACCGAUACGACUUGCUUAGUUGGCUUCGCCGGAAGAGCGGGUAGAUACUUUGACGCGCUGGGGGUUCAGUACGUCCAGUUUCAGCCCUGCAAGUGGGCAACUCCCCCGACCACACAGGGUUUGAAAGCGCGCAGCACGAAGCCGGCCCCCAUCAGUGGCCUGCGCGAUCCCGGCGCUCUCGAUCGCGACGGCACGCCGGUUGACCUCGUCAUUUCCCCAGACCGUCUCCUCAAAGCGUUCCUCACCACCAAUGCCGGGAAAGUCCUCGUGCUCUACGGGGAAAAGGGGGGCUGGGAAAAUUGGCUGCAGUGCGAACUGGCCUACGACCUGCGAAACAACUUCUCUCGUCCGGGGUAUCUAGACCGCGAGAAAUCUGAUGUCUACGCGAAUGCGCCUGCUCAGCGCUGCGAUCUGUUCCUGACCGAGAGGCCCGUGGGCAACUUCACUCCCGAAACCAUCGUCAUCGAACUGAAGGCCGCGGGAGUGCGGCGAAGUCCGACGGACCUCUUCAACGGUGUCAGAGAUGACAUCGCGAAGAUGUUCUCCCCGAACCCUAGGAUCAACAAAUUCAAUCCGAGGUGGGGACGCGUACAAGCCUUUGCCUUUGGGGCGUUCGUGGCGAACGACCCGGACACGGUAUUCGGGGCCUAUAACGGAUGGGGCGGGAACUCGACGAAGCCCACCCUGGUAAAAAUCGGCAACACGGUCGACCACCUACAGCUCGCGCUCGUCAUGUGGAAUUACAAGAACUACACAUAGAGGGAUGGGAUCGUCGAUCCCCGGAAUGCUGCCGAGAUUGUCUCUGAUGCCGGCGCGAAAAGGAGAGGGCUCUCGGUAGCCGAUUGUGACGACGGACCGAGGAUGGACAGGACGGGACGGGACGGUCUGGCACCU